AUGUCGAAAGCGGCAUUCAACGCGAAGGCGCAGUUUAUUCGUCUGCUCAUCCCUGCUGGCAAGGCUGCCCCCUCUCCCCCGGUCGGUCCUGCACUCGGUGCUCGUGGCGUCAAGUCUAUGGACUUCUGCAAGGAGUUCAACGCUCGUACAGCCCACGUCGAGCCUGGCAUCCCCAUUCCCACUCGAAUAUUGGUCCAGCCCGACCGCUCCUUCUCAUUCAUCACAAAAACCCCGCCCACCGCUUACUUCCUCAAGAAGGCCGCUGGAAUAGAAAAGGGUACCGGCCGACCCGGGCACGACAUCGUGGGCACUGUGAGCCUCAAGCACGUCUAUGAGAUUGCCAAAAUCAAGCAGUCCGACGCGCACCUCAAGCACCUUUCGUUAGAGAAGAUCUCGAAGAGCGUCCUCGGGACGGCGCGGACGAUUGGGAUUCAAGUGGUACCAUAG